AUGGAAAAUAGAUUUAAAGAAAAUCAAAUGGAUAUUAUAAGUGGAUUAAGUGAAAUAUUUAUGUCAGAAAAACCAACUGAGGAUCUAUUAAAAUUAGUUAGUGACACAUAUAACUUCAAUACACAUGACUUAAAGAUAGAGUUGGAAAUUUUUAAUAGAAUGUUUAACCAAAAAUAUGACAAUACUUCAGUAUCUGAAAAAUUGGAAGCAAAAAUAGAUUAUAUAAGGCAAAAUGAUAUUCAAAAAGGUUUUCCAUUAAUAACAGAGUCUUUAAAAAUAUUUUUAACCAUACCAACUAACACAGCAAGUUGCGAACGUUCAUUUUCCUGUCUAAAGAGGUUGAAAACAUAUCUUAGAACGACGAUGGGGCAAGAACGUCUAAGUAGUUUAGCCAAUUUACAAAUUGAAAAAAAUUAUUGCAUUGAUUUCGACCAAGUAAUUGAUGAGUUUGAUGCAACAUGUCUUGAAAGAGGACGUCGACUCAGUUUAAAAUAA